CACAACACCCAGGAGGGCAGCAGCAGGCAGGCAGCUCCACUCACCAAAAUCUGGCCCCACACACAGCAGGACUGUGGGAAGGAACUCCCUCUCCAUGGCUUCCUUGGGGCAGAUCAUCUUUUGGAGUAUUAUUAACAUCAUCAUCAUCCUGGCUGGGGCCAUCGCACUCAUCAUUGGCUUUGGCAUUUCAGGCAAGCACUUCAUCACGGUCACGACCUUCACCUCAGCUGGAAACAUUGGAGAGGAUGGGACCCUGAGCUGCACUUUUGAACCUGACAUCAAACUCAACGGCAUCGUCAUCCAGUGGCUGAAAGAAGGCAUCAAAGGUUUGGUCCACGAGUUCAAAGAAGGCAAAGAUGACCUCUCACAGCAGCAUGAGAUGUUCAGAGGCCGCACAGCAGUGUUUGCCGAUCAGGUGGUAGUUGGCAAUGCUUCCCUGAGACUGAAAAACGUGCAGCUCACGGAUGCUGGCACCUACACAUGUUACAUCCGCACCUCGAAAGGCAAGGGGAAUGCAAACCUUGAGUAUAAGACCGGAGCCUUCAGUAUGCCAGAGAUAAAUGUGGACUAUAAUGCCAGUUCAGAGAGUUUACGCUGUGAGGCUCCUCGGUGGUUCCCCCAGCCCACAGUGGCCUGGGCAUCUCAAGUCGACCAAGGAGCCAACUUCUCAGAAGUCUCCAACACCAGCUUUGAGUUGAACUCUGAGAAUGUGACCAUGAAGGUCGUAUCUGUGCUCUACAAUGUCACAAUCAACAACACAUACUCCUGUAUGAUUGAAAACGACAUUGCCAAAGCUACCGGGGACAUCAAAGUGACAGAUUCAGAGGUCAAAAGGCGUAGUCAGCUGCAGCUGCUGAACUCCGGGCCUUCCCUGUGUGUUUCUUCUUCUGCCUUUGCGGCUGGCUGGGCAUUCCUAUCUCUCUCCUGUUGCCUGAUGCUAAGAUGAGGGGCCCUGGCCACACAAAAGCAUGCAACGUUGCUGGUCCAACAGAAUCCCGGGGAACUACAGAAAUAUUUUCCACAAGACAUGACCUAGUUUUAUAUUUCUAGAAGAAGAUGAAAUCAUGUCUAGAAGUCUGGAGUGAGCAGACAGGAACAAGAUGCGGAAGGAAAACAAAAGUGACCCACAGACACCCCCGAUCGGAACAAGAUGGACCUAGAAAAGAAUUCAACCAAACUAGAGUGUACUAAGCAUGCUGUUACAAUGUGUGUAGAGUAGAUGUCCUCCCACAUCUCAGGAGCCUCCCCCGGGCCACCAGCUCCUGAGUUAGGAUGGGCUGUUAUGAUGUCACUCUGAAGGUUCCUGGAUGGUUCCUACUGCCAUAUACUCAUUUUAUAUUCAGCACAUUAAACCAUAGUGAAUGC